AUGGACCCCCACCACGCCCACGCCCACAACACCCUAACCACCUCCCUAACCGCCUGGCAGCACUUCCUCGACCGCGCCCUUCUCAACCGUCUCGACCCAGCGCGCUUCGCGGCCUUCCUGCCGAUCCACUUUAGCGCACACCCUUUACCACCGGCGUUGGUGGCUGAUGUCCUGUUGCGGCCGCCGCCGGCGCCGCGGGGGUGUUAUCGGCUGGAUCCGAGGGUGUUGUUGUAUUUGCAGGCGUUGUUGAGGCAGAGGUGGGUGGAUGUGGCGGGGGUGCUGAGGGGGUUGUUUGUGUAUAGUUCGGCGCAGAGGAGGGUUGGUGGGGAAGAGGGGGAAGAGGGGGAUAAUGGUGAGGGGGCUGGAGAGGGAGGAGGGAUAUCAGGGGAUGGGGGUGAUGUGGAUGUGAAGAUGGAGGUGGAAGAGGAGGGAGGGGGAAUCCAAGCCGGGGUCGAAGCACACAAUAAGAACGAUACCGGGAAGAAGAACACAACAACAACAAAACGCCCCCGCAAACCCCGACGCUGGCAAAACUCCUACGACGACGAAGAAGUGAUCCUCUGGCGGCUAGCGCGGGCGAUCCACGAGGGUACCGCGGUCAAGACGGCGCGCGAGGUCGCCCAGGUCGCCCAGGUGCUGGCGGCGUGGAUGCGGCUGUUCGCGGCGCGCGACGUGUUUGGCCCGUCGGCAAUGCACCACCACCCUGCUGCGCUGAUGCAGGCGCGCGACGAUAUGGAGGAUGCGCGGGCCGCGUUUGUGCUGUUGCUUAUUGCGUUUAGUGAGAGUCCGACUGUGCUGGCGGCGCUGGAGCGGGUGGCUUUUCGAGGGGUUUGCAAAUGGCUUUCUGAAGCUCUGCGGGUUUUCGUGCCGUGUAUCAUGCAAGGGCUGCCUGCGAUGGCCACGCGGUUGGAGAUCUUCAGGACCGACGUGCUGGGCAAGCACCUCCCGCGGAAAAAGAAGGACGUGGAAGAUGUCGACAGCUACGUGGACAGCUUUAUCGACAUGGACAGCUUCCAGGUCCCCGAGCUGCCCGUGGUCAACUCUCGGGCUGGGCUCUACAUCUACCUCAGCGCUGCGCUCGUGGGCCGACCCAUGCUUGACGACACCGCCUUGUUUACAUACUUGCACAACAGAUAUCAGGGAGACAUACAAUCCACGGCAGUCCAACUGAUCCUCGCUUCCUUCGACCUCCUCGCCAACGCCGUCUUCCGCAACGAAGGCCCCAAGACAGGCCACCUGCUCAAAUCCUACGUCGUCAACAAAGUGCCCCUCAUCCUCGUCUCGCUGGCCAGAACAGCCAACAUGUACCCAUUCGACCCAGAGUCGUGCAUCAAGGAAGCCCUCGGGCAGGUCGACACCAACGUGUUCCCCACGCUGUCGGGCAUGUUCGAGAUGACGACCAACAACGCGCACCACAACAACGCCAACAGCUCGUUCCAUGACUCGGUCCGGCAGGACUUUUGCUUCUCGUGCCAGCUGCACGGCCUGCUCUCGCAGCAGGCGAUAGAGAGCCUGCUGGGGGAUAUCACGUACCAGUCGCUGCCGGACGAGGGGCGGUAUGUCAAGGAGAGCUUGGUGCAGGCGUGUCUGCAGGAUGUGGACCGCACGCAGAAGCUCAUUGGAGAGCUGGAUAAUAUGAAUGGGAAUGUUGGGGCCGCUGCGCAGGCCAUUAUUGAGGUCAUCGGCAGUCUCUGCCGGAACAAGGAAACCAUGACCCUGAAGCAGCUGUGCAGCCAGCUCGCGGCCAAGCCGCUGUCCCUGGACGUGUUACUCCUAUUCGACAAGCCGCAAAAGAUCCUGCAGCCGCUGUGCGAGCUACUCGACAACUGGGCCGGAUACGAAGAAGACCAAGGCGAGUACCAGCCCGUGUACGAAGAAUUCGGGUCCAUCCUGCUCCUACUGCUGGCCUUUGUCUACCGGUACAACCUCUCGCCGGCGGACCUAGGUCUGCGCUCGCCGGACUUGUUCCUCGCGAAGCUGCUGGGCGGCGGGAAUAAAUACCGGCCACUGGAGGAGUUGGACGAGCAGGAGAAGGCGCACCUGAAUGGUUGGAUCCACGGGCUGUUUGAUACCGCCGGCGGCUUGGGCGACGAUCUUAUGGCGUCGUGCCCGCCGCAGGACUUUUACUUGCUUAUUCCGACGCUGUUUCAGCAGAUUGUCGUGGCGUUGAGUGCUGGGUAUUUGGCGGAUGACGUGCUUAAGGGGGGUCUUGAGUACUUGGUCGGCGUCCUGCUACUACCCUCCCUCGUCCCCGCGAUCCUCUACCUGUCGAACCAGCUCUGGGUCGGCGGCCCCCAGAUGCAGUCGGCCAUUAUCAAGAUCCUGCAGGUCAUCAUCCGGCCCAGCGGCAUCUCCAACGAGGCCAUGACCAUGCUCUCGUCCGUGCUCAACAUCGUGGCCAAGCCGCUGGAGCACGCCCUCCGCUCGUACCAGCGGCAAGACCCCAAGUGCCAGGAGAUCGAGCCGCUGCUCCGGGCCAUCCAGGAGAACCUCGCGCUCUCCCGGCGCACCGGCGGUGCCGACCACACCGAGCUCGAGUCGUGGUGCAGCACGCACGCUAACAGCAGUAGCACCAGCAAUGCCACCAACAAUAACAAUACCCUUACCAACAGCAGCAACAACAACACUACAAACAACAACAACAACGGCGCCAGCGGAACGACCACCACCUACCCCCACAGCGGCCUCACCGCCGCCGUCCGACACACAGUCCAAAGCCUCAUCCAAUGGGCCCAGCACCCGCCAUCUCUCAACGGCACGCCAGCGACCUACACCCACCGACAGACCCUCGCAGCCGUCAAGAUGCUCGGCGCGAAACGGGUCCUCGCCGUCCUCCUCGACGAACUGCGCGCCGCAGCCGACACCCCGCAAGCCAGCAUCGCCUACGACGUAGCCACCGCCCUCAUCUGCGCCCCCGACGUCACCAACGACGCUUCCCUCCCUCCUCCCCCUUCUCCUACCGACCCGAACACCUCCAACCCAACCGGGACAAACCCAGACGGAACCACCACAACAGCCCAACAACAACAACAGAAAAGCCAACACCCCUCAAACAUCCAACGCCGCACCACCCUCCGCACUGCCCUCCACCUGAAAGCCACCACCUGGAAACAAACCCAAACCCAAACCCAACAAAAAUCCGGAUCCAACGACCCCCUCACCGCCGAAACCAUCGUCCGUCUCCACCGCCGCGUCGAAGCCCAACUCACCCCCGCGCCUCCCCCUCUCGCUCUAGCGGCGAUUGCUAUUAAUGCCGCGGCUGCUAUGUUGCAUGGUCAUGGGCAACCUGUCGGCGUCGAACUUGCUGGCGCGCUGGGGUCGGGCGAUGUGUUGGGGGAUGCGAUGGGCGGUAGUGCUACGGGGGAUCUGUUGCAGGAUUCGAUGGUUUUGGAUGCGGCUGCUGCUGCGGCGGGGUUGGAUGGGACGGAUUUGUUGGGGGGUAGUGCUGGGGAUCUUGGUAGCAAUAGUGGUGCUGGUGGGACGGAGUUGGGAGGGGAUGGGUUGUUUGGGAGUUUGGGUGCUGGGAGCGAUUUUGGGGCGGAUUUUGGGGGGUGGGAUAUGGAUCUUUCUUAA